AUACUAUUUUUAUUGUGAAAAAACUCCAGGCGGAAGUGGUAGUUUUCUGCUGUCAAGAAGAAAAAGAAUCAGGACACACGUCAUUUUAUAUUUGGUCACAAGACAAAGAUGGCAUCAAACAGGACAAGCAGCGAGGAGGAGCGGAGCCUCCAAGAGUGUGAGCAGUAUGUCCAGAAACACAACAUCCAGCAACUGCUCAAGGACUGCAUCAUCCAGCUGUGCACAGCCCGGCCUGACCGGCCCAUGUCUUUUCUCAAGGACUACUUGGAAAGACUGGAAAAGGAGGAGGCCCAGCAGAUGGCUUUGAAGUCUAGCUCGAGGUCAGACUCCUGUGAGGACGAAGUCUCUCCACCCAUGAACCCUGUGGUGAGGGGUCGGACCCGGAGAGGAGCCAUCAGUGCUGAGGUGUACACUGAGGAAGACGCUGCCUCCUAUGUCAGAAAGGUUAUCCCAAAAGACUACAAGACCAUGGCUGCCCUGGCCAAAGCCAUGGAGAGGAACGUGCUGUUUGCCCACCUGGACGACAAUGAGAGGAGUGACAUUUUUGAUGCAAUGUUUUCUGUCAACUGCAUUGCUGGAGAAACAGUCAUCCAACAAGGUGAUGAGGGAGACAACUUCUAUGUCAUCGACCUGGGAGAGAUGGAUGUAUAUGUGAACAACGAACUGGUGACCAGCAUUGGUGAGGGAGGAAGUUUUGGGGAACUGGCUCUGAUUUAUGGAACCCCUCGUGCAGCUUCAGUCCGUGCCAGGUCCAAUGUCAAGCUGUGGGGCAUUGACAGAGACAGCUACAGGAGAAUAUUGAUGGGAAGCACUUUGAGAAAGCGCAAGAUGUAUGAGGAGUUCCUCAGCAAGGUAUCCAUUUUAGAGUCUCUGGAUAAGUGGGAGCGUCUGACGGUGGCUGAUGCCUUGGAGACGGUGCAGUUUCAGGACGGCCAGGAAAUUGUGGUGCAGGGAGAGCCUGGCGAGGAGUUCUUCAUUAUCCUGGAGGGGACAGCAGCUGUCCUACAGAGGCGGUCAGAGGACGAGGAGUUUGUGGAGGUCGGCAGACUUGGACCCUCAGAUUACUUUGGUGAGAUCGCCCUGCUGAUGAACCGGCCCCGUGCUGCAACUGUUGUUGCAUGCGGCCCCCUCAAGUGUGUCAAACUGGACCGGCCCCGGUUCGAGCGAGUUCUGGGUCCCUGCUCUGACAUCCUGAAGAGAAACAUUGAGCAGUACAACAGCUUUGUCUCCCUCUCCGUCUGAGCAUGGCUCUCUGGCCCUCAUUUCCUCCAUUCUCUUACUUCUACACUCUCUUGUUGUUACCACAGCCAGAUGACAGCACAAGAAGACUUCAAUACACCUGUUAUUCCUCCUACUUAUUUUGUAUGUUCUCAAGAGACGCAAUGCGUUUUCUGUGAAGGGAAGGGUUUUGAGCUUUGUUGCCUGAAGCUGCAACCCUAAAACCAAAUAGACACACUUUGAAAGUGUAGCUAAGAUUCAAAUAAUUGUGUAUGCAUACUGACUGUGCCUUCACACUGAGAGUAUAUUAUUAAAAUAAGAAUAUUUAUACAAAAUACCCAGAUACAAUGAAAUGAUCUAAACAAAAUGUAAAGCAUUUUAUAGCCAUAUUGAUGUCGAUCCAGCUGAUGUCAAAUUAAGACAGGAUAUGAAUGUGUGCAUUCAAGGACGGCUUAGGAGUUUCUUCCACAUUUCAAUGGAGGGAACCAAUCUACACAUUGUCACAUUAUCCAUUUUGCAGUAUUGGGUAAAUAUGUUGACCGUGUGGAUGCACAGUUAGUAGCUUAGUUUGCUCUGGAGAUCUUCAGUGUUCACAAAGAUGGCAUACAGAUGGUUUCAUGCUGACUGAGGAGCUUUGUUUUUGAUGAGGCAUGCCAUAAUUUGUCUUGAUGUUUUAACCAAGCUAGCGGCCUGGUUCUAGGGCAGUGUUUGGAUCUUUGGUCCAGCUUGAAGUAGCUCAGCCACUAUAAUUUGAUCCAUUUAUGUCUCAGUGACUUUUUUAAUAACUUGGGUGAUCCACUGACUUUUCUUCUCAAAAUUCAAAUCUGUCCAGUUGUGGUCUGUGACCCGCAAAACAAACGACAUUCCCAUCAUCCUCAGUGCUGAAAAGUGAAUAUUAGCUUGCUAACAUGCUAAUAGGGUGUUUUAACCCAGGAGGAGAAAUGAGAUUAAACUUUUUUUAAAGCACAAUUAAGUUAAACAUGACCAUUUGUCAAUUUAUCCUUACACUGAUUCUUUUAAAUAGUGGUUUCAACAUCUCCAUUUCAUCUCUUCUGUGUAUUAGUUCAGGUUCUUACAUCUUAAUUUUACAUAAAAAAUUGUUUUUUAGAUUGCUUUUUCAGUAUGAUUUCCUUUUAGUAUUUUUUUACUUUUAAGUAGUAAAUAACAUUUUCACUUUUUGCUAAAGAGCAAAAGGUAAACAGAGAACAUAUUACUAUAUUUCUGGGUGAAAUUCUCCAAAAAUGUUUGUUAAAUACUUUCAGAACACACUUCAGAAUGUCCAGUUAUCCCUUUAACUGACAUCAUGGGCUCCUGUGUUCUAUUUACAGCUCUGCUACGUGUGUGUGUGUGUGUGUGUGUGUGUGUGUGUGUGUGAGAGAGGGUGUGUGAGGCCUGACAACUCAUCUUUUCUGCUAUUUCUCUUCGGUCAACUUUCAUCAAAUGACACAUUGGAAACAAUAGAAAAUCUCCAAACCAAUAAGCUCAUUUGCAUAACUAAGUCAGUUCCUGUAUAUCUUUAGUUUAAUUUAAACAUAGAUACUUAAUGACUUUGUGUGUAAAAGGGGCACACAUAACUUGCAAAUAUGAAGACUAGCCCAUGCUGUAGAGCGGCUCUGCACAUACGCCUGGUGUUCAUUGAUAAUAGUGGAAGCAUAAUGUUGCAGCAGCCGCACCGCAAAAUAUACCCUCAUGUUACACUUCAAAUGUAGCCUGUCUGUUAAAUGAGUCAGUCAAGCUCACAAAACACUGGAUCCUGUGUUUCCCAUAAAGCAACUUUCCAAAGCAUCUAGAACAGUUUCUGCUUUAUACUCAUUGCUGAUUGUUGUUUUGCAGUUUUCUCUUCACAGUAGAAACCUCUUCAAUGUCUGUUUAUCAAAAAUGUCUUAAUUCAGUAGUGUUGCACUCAUUUGUACAGUGUGGUGUCAUUUUGACUUGGUACUGUAUUUUCUUUUUUUAUCAGCUGUCUUAUGACUUUACAGUAUUUCUGACUCACUAGAAGGUAAAAAGUAAAUCUCACUGUGCUCCACUCAGUCAGACUAUCAGAGAAACUAAUAGAGGAGACAGCAGUGGGUUUCCAGAGGAUCAGUCAGUAUGUGUGUUCAGACUAACUGCACAUAUAGUGCUUACAUGUUGGUGUGUUUGGGUGUCUCUGCUUAUAGCAGUUCAAGCAAUAAAGAGAUCAGUCUUUUCAGA